GUACAUUGUCGUAAACGCAUCCUCUUUCCAUGCGCGCGUAUAAUCUGUGCUCGGUGCAAGUAUCGCCGCGAGGAUCACGUGACAACAAUCUUGUGAUUGGCGUGUCAUCCUUCCACGUUAUUUUUUUUUCGCGAAAAGAUAAAUUUGUAUAAGUGUGCGCCGAGACCGGCUGACGGUUUCAGUCGUGGCUCUGCGUGGUUAUUCCGUGGACGUGUGUUUAUUCCGAAUUCGCCGCGUAUCCGCUUUUCUCAAGCGGGAAUUGGACGGAAUCGACGCCGCGGAGCGUCAGUUGAGGUCACGUGAUCCGGUGCUCGGUUUCCGAUGACAUUAGCGUAUAUGGAAAGAGGCUUCGCGUGAAUAUCAUCAUUCGGACGAUACAUAUUUCGGUGCUCUCAUCCAGGUGGCGAAUUAUUCUGAAAGCAGGAGAACGAGUCUGUCGAAAAUUAUGACGAGGAUACAAUAUCCCGAGGCGCGCCGAGAUGACAGCGUCGUCGAUAAUUAUCACGGCGUCGAGAUAACAGAUCCUUAUAGAUGGUUGGAAGAUCCAGAUUCGGCAGAAACAAAAGCCUUUGUUGAUGCUCAAAAUGCCAUUACUAAGCCGUAUUUGGCUGCAUGUAAGGCACGUGACAAUAUUCAUGAACGACUGACGCAGUUAUGGGACUUUCCAAAGUAUUCAUGCCCUGCCAAACAUGGUGGGAAAUAUUACUUUUAUAAAAAUACUGGUUUGCAGAACCAAAGCGUUUUAUAUGUACAAGAUACCCUUGAGAGUGAGCCGAAGGUAUUCUUCGAUCCUAAUACUCUAUCUGAGGAUGGAACUGUUGCAAUUAGUAGUAGUAGUUUUAGUGAGGACGGCAACAUUUUUGCUUAUGGAUUAUCUAAAAGCGGUUCCGACUGGAGUACUAUUCAUUUCUUGAAUACACAAACUGGUGAAAAAUAUCCAGAAGUUUUGGAAAAGGUUAAAUUCUCGCCAAUUACGUGGACCCAUGAUAAUCGUGGUAUCUUCUAUGGGCAAUACCGAGAUCAACAAGGAAAAACUGAUGGUUCGGAGACAUUAGGCAAUCAAAAUCAAAAAUUGUGCUAUCAUAUUGUCGGUACAUCGCAAGCUGAUGACGUCAUUGCGGUGGAGUUUCCUGAGGAACCAUUAUACAGGAUAGGAGCGGAAGUGUCUGAUUGCGGUAACUGGCUCAUUGUUACUCCUCUGAAGGACUGCAGAGAUAAUUUAGUAUAUUUUACGCCGUUGAAAGCUGGAAUGACUAUAAGCAACAAUUUACCAUUAACGCAAGUUGUUGACAAGCUUGAAGCUGACUAUGAAUACGUAACGAACAUUGGUACCAAAGCUGUGUUCCGCACGAAUAAAAAUGCACCCAACUAUAAGCUGAUAGCUAUUGAUUUGUUAGAUUAUGGGGAGGACAAGUGGGUCGAUCUUUUGCCGGAACAUUCUGAGAAUGUGCUGGACUGGGCCACCGCUGUGGAUGGGGAUAAGUUUGUUGCUUGUUACAUACAAGAUGUUAAGAACAUCUUGCAACUGCAUUGCCUGAAAACUGGCGAGGUACUUAGAACAUUCCCGCUUGAUCUCGGUACUGUUGUCGGAUUCUCGGGGGAGAAGAAAUAUUCCGAGAUAUUUUAUCAGUUUACAUCAUUCCUAACUCCAGGCAUCAUAUAUACAAUAGAUUUGAAGAAAGAGCAGGAACCACGAGUACUGAGAGAGAUUAAGGUGAAAGGUUUCGAUGCAAGUUUAUACAAGACUAGUCAAAUAUUUUAUACGAGCAAGGAUGGUACAAAAAUUCCUAUGUUUAUAGUAACAAAGAAUGAUGCCGUAUUGGAUGGAAAAAUGCCGGCCCUACUUUAUGGGUAUGGUGGCUUCAAUGCAAGUAUUCAGCCUACAUUUAGUGUUACAAGACUCGUUUUUAUACAACAUUUAAACGGAGUGCUCGCAGUCGCUAAUGUUCGCGGGGGAGGGGAAUACGGAGAGAAAUGGCAUAACGCAGGACGCUUCUUCAAUAGACAAAAUGUAUAUGACGAUUUUCAAUAUGCAGCAAAGUACCUUGUGGAAAAUGGAUAUACCACUUCGGCGAAAUUAACUAUUCAAGGUGGCAGUAAUGGUGGUUUGGCUGUUGCCGUGUGUAUAAAUCAAAGACCUGAUCUGUUCGGCGCAGCUAUAGCUCAAGUGGGAGUCAUGGAUAUGUUACGUUUUCACAAGUUUACUAUCGGUUCUGCCUGGGUUUCCGAUUACGGAAGUUCGGACGACCUUAAGCACUUCCAGAAUUUAUUGAAAUAUUCACCUUUACAUAACGUGAGAAUACCAGCAGACGACACACAGUAUCCGGCAAUGUUGCUUCUGACUGCUGAUCACGAUGAUCGUGUCGUACCGUUGCACACUCUUAAAUUAACAGCGACUCUGCAGCAUACGCUUGGAAAUGUACCAAAACAGGAAAAUCCUUUACUUGCAAGAAUAGAUACUAAGGCGGGUCACGGCGGUGGAAAGCCAACCAUGAAAGUGAUUGAGGAGAGUACCGAUAUAUUAUCAUUUAUUGUGCAAUCAUUGGGCUUGGAAUUUAAAUCAUAAUUCAUAUUCACAAAGUGUAAGAGAGAGAGAGGCACUUUAUACAUAUAAAUCUUGCGAGAAUCAAAGGAUCAUGUGAUACGUCACUGAAAACUUGUGCGAUUAUUGUGUGUAUUACAAUGUCUUGUUGCAAAUUCAUUUUAUAUGCUUUGAUUGCACAUUUUUUUAUAAUAUGACAAAUAAAAAUGAUAAAAUUUUUACCU